AUGAAAACUGAAGUUGGGAAAGAAGAAGUUAUUUUUAUUGGCAAUGAUAGCAAGACAAUUAAAAUCAGAGAUUUGACUCAUUACAAAGAGUCAAAUUACCAGUAUGUUUUUAAUCAAAAGUCAAGGCAAAAGGAAGUAUUUACUCUAGCCAUCAAAGAUUGUGUUGAUAGUGUAUUUCAAGGCUAUAAUUCUACUAUUUUCGCAUAUGGUUAGACUGGUUCUGGGAAAACUUUUACUAUUUUUGGAGAUGGAUUUUAGUCAUCAACUCUUUAAUAGAUUAUUCAUAAACUUAGCAUGAGGCAGCAAUUAUCGAAUCAAGAACUUUCUAAUUAGGAGUAACUUUAGUUAGAGAAACUUAAUAAAAUCCGUAAAUCGAGGAUUGGGAUUAUUCCCAGAUGCAUUAAUCAAAUAUUUGAUGAAAUUUCUUAAAAAGAUCUCAAGUGCACUGUUUAUAUGUCACUCAUCCAAAUUUACAAUGAAUAGAUCUAUGAUAUGCUGAGUGAUAAAACCUAGCAUGCCAGAAAUUAAACCAUAGAAAUUCCUUUGAAAAUUCGUGAAGAUAAGAUACAAGGCAUCUAUCUAGAGAACUUAAGUGAAUAUAUAGUCUCAAAUAAGCAAUAAUGUCUUGAUUUACUUAUGCAAGGAGAAAAAAUUAGAGCCAAGAGAAGUACAAGGCUAAAUAUUUUAAGCUCCCGGUCUCAUUCAAUCUUCCAGCUGCUGAUAGAAAGUGAUAAAGCAGAUGAAAAAGGGAUGCUUAAGAGAGCAAAACUAAAUAUUGGAGACUUAGCAGGUUCUGAAAAGAUUUAUCUAGAGGAAUUCCCAGAUGCUUAACAUAUGAAUGAGCUUAAGAACAUUAACCUUUCUCUUACUUAUUUGGGCAAGGUUAUCUCUAUGUUAGCUUAGAAUUCUAAUGCAAAAGAUAGAGAUUAGCACAUUCCUUUUAGAAAUUCAAAACUCACAAGGAUUCUUCAAGACUCUUUAGGAGGAAAUACCCGAACAUGUCUGAUUGCUAAUGUCUCACCUAUCAUCGAUUACAUAGAAGAGACCAUCUCCACUUUAAAGUUUGCAGAUAGAGCUUAAAAUGUCCAGAUGAAAAUAUCCAAGAAUGAAAUAAAUGCUCAAGAUGAUGCAUUGAUCUAAAAGCUAUAAAAAGAAAUCCAGCAUCUAAAAGACCUGCUGCAAAUGCGAAGAAAAGGAGAUUAGGUUAACAUUCAUUAGCAAAUAUAUUAGCUUAAGGAAGAGAAUGAAAGACUGAGAGCUAUGGCGAUGACAGUCGCUGACGUCGAAUAACUAAAACAAGAAAAUAAGGAAAUGAGACUGCAUCUAUAAAAUCUAUUAAUAAAGCAAAGCCAGCUCGAGAAUGAAAAAGAAUAGUAAAUUGACAAACUCUAGAAAGAAUAAAAUAAUAGAGAUUAAUAAGAAGACUAAUCUGAAAAUCAAGAAGAUCAAAUAUUUAUCACCUAAGAUGACAUUGAAAUUAGAGAUCAGUAGGAAGCAAUCAAAAGACAUUAAAAAUCUAAGCAAAUAAAUGAAGAAGUUUCAAUUGGUGGUAAUGUUGUGAAAAAUGAGGUGUUUAUUAAUAAUGCAUUGUUAUUCUCUUUUGACGAAUAAUACUCUCAAAAAAUGCUUAGCAAAAACGACAGAAGUUAAGAUGCCUUAAAAGUGAAAUAAAAAUUGAUAAAUUAGAGUACAAGGUCUAACAAUAGUAUGGUAAAUGGCUAAUUUUGGGAAUAAUAGGUUUAGUAGGUCCCAAUGACUAAUAGAGAUCUGUUCAAAACCUAAUAGAGUUCUUAAAUGCCAUACUAAAUCUAGCUAUAAUUAAAAGAAAAUAUUCAAAAUAAAAUAGCAUCAAGUGAUAACAGCUAGAUAAUAGAAGACAGAGAUGAUAUAGAAAGCAAAAUGCGAGGGUAUUAUGAUGAAUUAGAGGAAAACGAUGAAAAAGAUUAGCAUACAAGCUUUGAUAACUACUAAAUUAAAAGUAUUGGGAAACAGGCCAGAAAUAAGAUAGAAUAAUUCAUUGAGCUAAGUUAAAAUGUGAGAGAGCUAAAUAUAACUCAACAAAAUGAUGACUAAAAUCAGAAUAGCAAUCGGAUCUUUAGCAAUAUCAGGAAGAUUAUAAAUCCAAAGCCAAAUUAAAAUUUAGUUCAAUCCAAUAGAUACGGUAAUUCAAAAUUAGAUAGCCAAAUUACUCCAAAAGGACCUUUAUUGAUUAAAACUGAGGAUCAAAUACUCCCAGACAUCAAUAGUUCGAUGAGCAUUCACUAAUCUUAUAAAAACUCAAUUCAAAAUACUAAUAACAUAGCAAAGACCAUUGAAACUUCACCAUUCAAAAGCUCUCUAGAUGUAAAUAUACCUGAUCUUUAUUAAAGAUUAGCAAAGGGGAUCAGUUCAAUAUAGAAUUAAAAAUCGAGAAUGAAAAAUAAUUAAAGAGAGACCUACUCUAAUCUAUCUAGAGCUCCAUAAUAUUCAAGCAUGCUGCACAGAUAAAACUCAUACAAGAGGAGAGAAAUAAGCAUAAAUUAAAGUGGUAGUAAUAAUGUUGGAGGGAGUAUGGUUGGAAAUGGAUACUCCAGAAAUCAAGCUAAUAUAAAUACCUACAAUACAGAAGUCUAGCCCAAUUAAAGCGGCAAGCGAAGAAAUAUCAUCAAUUUAAAUAGAACCAGUUUUGAUGAAUAAGAACAGCGGCUGAAUAAAUAGUAGCAAGAAGAAUUAAGGAAAGCAAAUUAGAGAUUGAAACUAUUAGAUCAGCUAGAACAGUAAAGAAAAGCAAAGUUUGAACAAGAAUUAGAUUUUCUUAAAAAGCAGCACAUGCAAAAUUAAAAUAGAGUUUCCUAUGAUUAAUUCAGGAAGCUUUGA